ACUAGCGACGCAAGCACAAGCGCAAGAAAAAUAACUGUAUUCUAUGCAACCAUUAAAAGCUUAUUUCUUUGUUUUAGAAAAAGUGGUCAGGGCGGCAAAGGUUCGGCCGUCAGUUUUUACUGCAGACACAAGUGCACAGGACUUCGAUGGCGACAAAACUAAUUCCGCUAAACAAACAACAGAUUCGAAGUGUCAAGACCAAACUAUAACUGUUGAUCUUUCGGGUGAGUUUCAGGAAGUUUUAGACGAGCUGUUAGGACGCGUAAAACCGCUCCUGUCCAGGCUUCAAGGAAAUGGAGUUAUUCUACAGACCAAGACGUUAUCAAACUUAAAUCCAGACUAUACCAGAUUCGUUUUGAAACAAGCCCAAAUGUCUGUAAAGGAAGGAGAUGCUGACAGCAAGGAAAGUCAGAUUUAUCGUCUAACUGUGUGCUUGCAUGCACUGGUCUCAUCUGUUGAUAUUCUGAUGCAAAGUGGUCUGGAAGCCGUACUAGCCUACUUAAGUUCAACCCAGGAGAGGUAUGACCACUUGUUAGAAGGAGCACUGGAUUCAACACGUAGAUAUCUCUUGGAAACACAUUUUACGUUUCAGCAGCAAAAGAUUCUUCAUCCCAAGCUUUCAAAACUACUCAACAUUGUAGGAAGAUGGAGCAAAGAACAAGAGACAAGAAACGUAAACUCCGCUAUCAUCACCUACACUUUCCCUGAGAAGAUAAACAAAGAAAUCAUGGACACACUGUCGGGGCUACACGGCAUUCAGGCCACGUUAUACAAGUCAGCCAUGAAAGUGAAUACAAUUGAAGAGGAAGGCCCAAACGUAGCUGUUUACGUCGUUAAUGGUUUAGCUAUAACUGAGGACUUUCCAUGGGCUAGAUUUGACCUUGUGUUGGAAUAUGACCUGAGUGGAGAGAUGAAAAGAGAGGAGCUUUCUCGCAGCACCAGACUAAGAGCACAUAUUAGCCUGAAGACACUAGCAAAGGCUCUCCUGGAUAAACAACCGGUCGAAUGCAAAGGUUGGUGAAAGUUUUUUCUCAUUUUUUGCAGCUGUUUACUCCUUCUGAGACUAUCCAAGCUUCUUCCUGUUACUUACACUCUGUACUGAAUGUAUAAGAAGAGUCGCAAACUCUUCGACGGCUACCCUACGUUUCUGAAAUUUUAAUGAUUUAAAUGAACUUUAAAAUGUAACAAUGGUAGAAAAACUUGAAGAAAUACAACAAAACCGAAAGGAGAAGAGAUAAAUGCAUUGGGCCAACAGCAUAAAAGUAAUCUGCGUUCGUUAUGUCUACAAGAUUUCAAUAACAAAUUAAGAAUAUCAUUGACAUUUUUAGUUACCUCGCGUAUUUAUAUUAUCAUUAUAUCGUUUCAAGGCUCCACCGGCUGAGAGACGCAAAAAGGGCUAUGGAGACUUUUUAACACGUCAUCUUUUUUAUUCUGUAAAUAUU